AUGAGCGUCAGCCGCAGUCGCAGCCGAAGCCGCGACCGAACAGACUGGGACAGCAGCAGCAGCGGCAGCAGCAGCAGCGACUGCAGCUCCAGUGCUGCAAACCGCGAGGCAGGUGCUCAUGCUGCUGCAGAACUGCAUGCUGAGCAUGUCAGACAACAGGCAGAUGAUGCAACAGACACGUCCGAAGACCUUGCAGAAUGUGAAGAGGGCUCACACGAGAUUCGUCCACGGAUGCUUCUUUGUGACCGCUUUCAUGUGCGAGGAAAGUUGGGAACAGGCGCUUUUGCCUCAGUCUGGCUUUGUCACGACAGGCACAGCCUAGUGGCACUCAAAGUGUACAAAGCGGUGGAAAGAUACCAAAGAUAUGCACAAGAAGAGGUGGAGAUGCUCCAAACUGUAGCGAACGCAGGAAACCGACCGCAGGAGCUGCCAGAGCUUUUUGGGCUCUUUGUACACAGCGGCUUGAAGUGUCAACAUGCUUGCGUUGCAAUGGAAGUGAUGGGUCCCUCCGCUUGGUCUGUCGCAGAGCGCUGCCGUGGCAACCGACUUCCUUGGCCUAUUCUUGUCGCAGCCUUCAGGGAUACUUUGACUGGGUUGGACUACUUACACAGGACAUGCUCCGUGAUCCACACAGAUAUCAAGCCCGAGAACAUACUUUUCACUUUCACCAAAGGCUCCCGAAUGGAUUGCCUCAUGCAGAGUUUCAGGUCUCAACCUUUACGCAGAUGUGGGCGGAUGCAACUCAUAGAUUUGGCUCUUGAGGAAGGUUCUGAUGCCACCUUCGGCUUGGUUGAUCUUGGAAACAGCUGUUACACGGAUCGCCACAUUGCCUUGAAUAUCACCACGCUGGAAUACAAGCCUGUAGAGGUCAUCAUGAAUGCAGGCUAUGACACCGCUGCUGACAUUUGGUCUUUAGGCUGCACCAUCUACGAGUUGGCCACAGGGCGCUAUCUCUUUGACCCGCGACAUGCUCAAGCCAGACCGAAAGCACUGCAGGCUCGAGAUUGUUUUCCACAAGAGCCAGAACAUUUAGCACAAAUCGUGGAGUUGUUGGGGCCGUUGCCCUACUCCUUGUUGGUGCGCAGUCGUCGCUUGCGGGCCUUCCUUUCUCCACCCAACGAUUUGGACCAAGAUGGAGGAUUGGACAUGUCUUCGAUCGAGAUGUGGCCGUUCAUUAGCAGCAAGGUGACAAUGCAUCACCUGGACCGUUGCUCUUUAUUGGAGAGGCUUCAGGAGCACCUGCCAAAGCAGCAGGCAGAGCCACUGGCACAGCUUCUAGGCUCCAUGAUGGAGGUCUCCACAGCUCAAUACGUGCAGUGGGCAGAGAAGAUGCGAUUUCUCACACGGCAGCACGGCAUCCCACUUAUAGUGGACGAUCGCUUGGAUGUAGCCUUGGCAGUGGAUGCUGACGGGCCAAAUCAGCCUUAA